GGGGAAGGUAGAGCGGCACCAGAGGGGCGGGCGCCUUCGGGCUCUGGAGAGGCGGGAGUAGCGGGCGAAGUGGGGAUAGUAACGGUCGCUCGCCUGUCCGCCUGUCUGCCCACCGCCAAGUUCCGCCGGCAUCUGCGCUCGGCACCCACCAGAAGCAAGAAGACAGUGGUUCUGUCAGCUUGGUGUCAAAAUGCAGCUUCAUAAGCAGGAUGUGGUAAGCUCUCCCUGACAGUGGAGUCACAGAGGAGGAGCCAGGCAGCCACUAGCUGGAAGCCCUUCAGCCUUCCCUGGCUUCCAGGGUAUUUCUUACUUCCCAGGAGCAGCAAUGGAAAAGCCUGCAACCAGAAAAAAGAAGACCCAGGCUCCAAAGGAGGAAGCAGGUGUGCAAAAGGCCACUCUCAAAGCAGAGAAAACGCCACGGGGGAAAAAGCCUACCAAAAGGGCAAAACGAAAGCCCCGCAAAGAGCCUGUCCUGAGUCCCGAAGACGAGGCGCAUCUCUUUGACGCCUUUGACGCCUCAUUUAAAGAUGACUUUGAGGGUGUUCCUGUCUUUGUUCCUUUUCAGAGGAAGAAGCCCUAUGAGUGCAGUGAAUGCGGGCGAAUCUUUAAACACAAGACUGAUCACAUCCGCCACCAGAGAGUUCACACUGGAGAGAAGCCCUUUAAGUGUAACCAGUGUGGGAAGACCUUCAGGCACAGCUCAGAUGUCACCAAACAUCAAAGAAUCCACACCGGUGAGAAGCCCUUUAAAUGUGGGGAGUGUGGAAAGGCCUUCAACUGUGGCUCCAACCUUCUGAAGCACCAGAAAACACACACUGGAGAGAAGCCGUAUGGCUGUGAGGAAUGUGGAAAAACCUUUGCCUACAGCUCCUGCCUCAUCCGGCAUCGGAAGCGUCAUCCUAGGAAGAAACACUGAGCCGGGCAGCCUACAACUGUGGAUCCUUGUCAGUUGUCUGACGAUGCUCCAGGUUUUCUAUGCAGUGUGCUGUUGAUGGCUCAUCUGGCCACAAAAGGAAAAUCCACCCAUCAAACGUGAGAGCCCGCAGAGGCUUUCUGCCCUGUGAGUCUACACUUAAUGGUGACACGGUGCUCCCGGGGCUUCCUGCAGCUCCAGCCACUUUCCAGACUACUACAUGCUACUCAGGGCCAUCUUUAGAACAGCUUUGGGUCACCAAGAUCUUACAGCUAAAGAGACACUCCUGUUGGCAAGGGUCGCUGCCUUCCUCUUGCUGCCUCUGCCUGCACCAUAUUACUGGGC